ACUCGUUGUCUUUCCUCAUAGUCGCUCGCUUGCUCCGACACGGUGGAGUGUAGAUGGUGAACGGAAAAACCGUGGGAAAAUACCUACACUCAUUCACCUCGACUCCUUGAGCACCACCAGACCGGGAAGUGUACUUCUGCCCCAGCCACCUCCACUUCGCCUUUGCAUAUUCGUCGAGCACCGGUAGCCCGAAGUGUUUGCAGUACCCUCCGUCAAAUCCACAAAAUCUGUCCCCCCACCUCCGACUCGUACGGGACCUCCUGGCCUCCGAGGUGUCAGAAAAGUUUCUCUUGUUCGGGGCUUGCUUGUGGAGAAGCAUCGUUGCUUUUCUGAUUUUCGGGAGGAAGAAGGAAGGGCUUGCCCAGUGCCAGGGAGCAACAGGCCAAGGAUCUUAAUUAGUGAUUGGAGAGAGGUUCCGUAUUUAUUGUAGGGUCUGAGAGAAAGAAUACCUGUGCCGCCACACAGCAGGCUUGCAUAUACGGGGCGGAAGGGGGUUCAAGAACCUGAAGGAAAAAAAUAAACAAGAAAAAAAAACCUUGACGCAUUUCAGCCUCAAUUUCACUCUCGCUGGCUUCUACCGUGGGUUAUUACGCUGCAUUACACUUCAAUCCCCCCAAUUGCUAUUAUACCCAGACACCACUGCCUCUUGUGCCUCUUGAACCUGCACAAUUUGGGCCGGUCAUUGCGUCCUCUAGUCGGAACCCAAGGGGUCGAAGCUUGGGGCUCUCGUUCUAAAGAACACAACACUUUCCUUCGCCCUCCAGCAAUUCAUAAUACUCUCGCUUUCCCGCAUUUCAGCAAGAAUAUCAGUGGAAAUUCUAGCCCGUUGAAUUUCUAGCACUUUUUGCUGUCGAGACUGGCUUGCGUUUAGGGAGAAGCAAACCCCCGAGCAAUUAUUUCCGCCGGCAUACGUCCCGCAUUGGGUUGUAGUUUUCUCGAUAUCACUGGUUACCCAAACUUUCAGUGUUUUGGUGAUACUGCGGUUUCGAACUCAACCCCCGAGUGGUCGAAACACCGAAGUACUGAACGCUCAGGCUUGGGGUUUUGGUCCUUGGAAAGAAUUCGGAGAAUAGGUAUCAUACACAAUUCAGUUCCAUUCAUUAAUUUUUUAUUAUUUCUUUGAGAAAGACCUGGAACGAGUCCUAAUAUUUGAGCAGCAAACAUAGAAUUCUUGGAUCGUUAAAUUGUCUCAAACAAAGGUCUGCGGAUAUAAGUAGCUUUGCCGCAAUAACCGGUGGCGGGGAGACAAACGAGCAUCUGCGAAACUAGUACGAACAGGAACCGCAAUGACCACUGUAGCGCUAAAUAACGCUUCCUAUGAUUCUGCCAGCGAGAUGGUCGCUGCAUCACCAGGCAGGGACAGCUACGGCCCACGAACGCCAACGUCCCCGGUAUCUCCACGAAAUUCUAUUUCGGUGCGCCGUAGGAGUCUUCCGCCCUCCUCCCCCGUUCAUCAAAGACAGAAAAGUCUCCAGUUGAAUGGCAUCAAUGAACAUGGCACUACGCAACCGAACCCCUACCCCUCGCCUGAGCAUGCUCAGCACGACUGGCCCAUGCAAGGGACCCCUCAACAGUACCAACAGAGAUUCCCGGCCUUCCAUGGACGUGUACAAUCUGUACAGUCCUUAGAGUCUCGCGACCUCACAACUCCAUCACCCGACCUCGUUCUUGACGCAAGAGAGGAAGAAGACCCGCCUGUGCAAGCACCUCUUUCCUCUCCUACCUUUACACACCACAUCACGCAUCAAGCCGGCCCAAUACCUCAGCCCCAAAUGGCAAUAAUAUCCUCCGGAGAAAGCCACCGUUCGUCAAAGAGCUUGUCUAAUUUUGGACAUGAGGGUCCAGGGCGCGAAUCUCCUACCAGCCGGGCCUCUUCAGGCGAAGAGGCCGGAAUGUAUCCACAACUCCAAUACCACCACAACCAAUUCUCCGAGAACGGAGCUUACCGGGAAAAUAACGGAAGCGGGGCGCUCGGUGCUAGUGGAACAGGCCCGUAUCCCAGGAGGAAUUCGUCGUCAUCACCAGCAUCUUCCGAUGGCCAACAACCCAGCGGAAGACAUUUGGCUGCGCCGGGACCAAAUUAUCGGAGGAAUCUUUCUAGGCCUUCUUCCACGUAUUCGGCUUUGUCUGCUGACGGUCGCGGAAGGUCUCCCGGAUCGUCACACCAGCGAGCUGUUAGUACACAUUCCUACGACAGUCGGAGGUCCUCCUAUACCGACUUGACACAGCCUGUACACAUGCAAGCCCCACCACCCCCUAUUGCUUCGUUCGACAAUUCUCACCUGAGGGACAAAGUUGGUGCGAACGCCUCACUUCUCACAAACAAGCAGACCUUGGAGAUGUACAGGGCAAAUGCGAAGAAGUCACAAGAUCCCUACUUGCAAUACGAGUUGGCUGUAUUUAUGAUACAAGCAGCUCAGAGUACUGGUGAUGGGAGUGAGCCGGGGACACCAUCUCCAAGGAAGCUCGCCAGAUCCUGGAACGGUUGUCCGGAAAACUCCCGCAAGCUCAAUAUUACCUUGCUGAUGCUUACGCCUCUGGUCUUUUCAACAAAGGUAAAGAAGAAAACGAGAAGGCUUUCCCGUUAUUUGUUGCGGCCUCGAAACACGGCCACGCAGAGGCUGGGUAUAGGGCGGCUUUGUGCUAUGAAUUUGGUUGGGGUUGUCGGAAGGAUCCCUUAA